GAAAAUUGAGGUCUAAGAUUGAGGCUUCAAAUUUCAAACAGGGAGUAUUAGUUGCCCAUCGCCGAAAGGGGGAAAAAAAAACAGAAAAAGAAUUAAAGCUUAGUUGGCGGCUAAUAAAGAAGCAGUUGGGAUCUGACAUUGGUUUCUCCGUCUUUCUUGGAGAGCAACAAGUGUUCUUCGAUCCAUCCACCACAAAGCUCACACUACCACAACUUUCCAAACCCACUUUAUAUAUAUACACACACACACACACUUGUUCUCUGUAUGUGAUGAACAAGUGUUUCUUCUUUUUUCUAGAUUUCUCACUCCAAAACUGACCACCCACCUUGGAAUUACAUCUCUGUAAUGGCUCAGGCACUCAUUCCAUCUGCCUAUCUCACCAAUUCGUCCUCCAUUGACCUUCCCAGAACCUCAGCUGCAACGUCUACAAUCUUUGGUCCCAAGUUGGAAUCAGUGGAAAUUGAGCAGACCCAUUUCAGAUUACUCAAGCCCAAUUCAUCUUUGAGAUUAAAGGCCUCAAGGGAGCCUUUGGGGCUGACUCGAGAACUCACAAAUAACAAAGACACGAGCGUAGCUGGAGCUGAAAAUGGGUGUGAUGUAUUCAAUGAGAUGAAACAUCGAUUUCUGAGUUUCAAAAAGCAUACAUACUUAGAAAACUUAGAACGCUUUCAGAAUCUUGCCAAGAGUCAAGCACCGAAGUUUAUGGUGAUUGCUUGUGCGGACUCUAGGGUUUGUCCAUCCAGUAUACUAGGAUUUCAACCAGGAGAAGCCUUUGUAGUUCGCAAUGUGGCAAAUCUGGUGCCUCCGUUUGAGAAUGGACCCUCGGAGACAAAUGCCGCCCUUGAAUUUUCUGUGAAUUCUCUAGAAGUAGAAAAUAUAUUAGUCAUUGGCCACAGCUGUUGUGGGGGCAUUCGUGCCCUAAUGAGUAUGCAAGAUGAAAUAAAUUCAAGUAGUUUUAUUAGAAGCUGGGUAAUUGUUGGGAAGAAUGCAAGGUUAAGCACAAAGGCUGCCACUUCCAACCUCAACUUUGAUCAGCAGUGCAGACACUGUGAGAAGGAAUCCCUCAACCGUUCAUUGUUGAACUUGCUCACUUACCCAUGGAUUAAGGAAAGGGUGUCAAAAGGGUUGCUUUCCAUUCAUGGUGGCUACUACGACUUUAUCAACUGUACGUUUGAGAAAUGGACCCUGGAAUACCAAGGCAGUAGUUUGAAGGAGGAGAGUGGCAGAUACUCUCUCAGAAACCGAGAAUUUUGGUGCUGAUUUUUUACUUUUGCAAUUCCUCUACUUGUUACUGAAUUUAUAUGUAUAAGAUUUCUUCAAGUUUAGUUAUGAUUGAAUCCUUAAGACCACUAUAGAAAAGAAUAUUUUCCCCUUAAAAUUUGUGAAACUCUACCUGGUUUCAUCAGUGUUUCAAUCCAAUUCUUCUUAUUGUGCCUUA